GUUGAUUUGGGGUGCAACUGGAUGAAAGGAAGGGCUUAGUUCGUUCGUCUGCCAGCUGGUAGAUAGGUACAGUAUUGGCGUUCGAUACGCUGGCUGACCCUUGUCACUGUAUGUUGCGUUUCAUGUCAGGUUUGGACCUUGGAGAUUCGAGAUGGUGGCGGACUCCCCUCGUGCCCGUAUCCCCAGUGUAUCUCCGCACUAUCUAGCGGAAGCGAAGAACUUCAAGAAGAUAACGAGAGCCAUUAAUAUCCUGUCAAACACGUUCCGAGUACAACGAGGACGUGCUUCAGGCUGCAACUUUGCACUCGACUUUGAUGGAGGCGCAUACAUCCAAGGAAGGAAAACGAACUGCGAGAAGCUGAUGUGAAAGAAGCGUCCCGGGACGCGUCGAAGGAAGCUGGAGGAAGGGAGGCCGAGGAGACGCGCAUCAUCCACCGCAGCUCGUUGACGACGGCCCGCUAUUUUGAGCGACAGAAAGGCCUGGAAUGGGACGAC